AUGUAACUUCUUUAAAAAAACAUUGUAGACUGAAAAUCUACCAUAAUUUGCAUCUGUUCGUUUGAAUUUACUCUCUUUGUUUGUGGUUUGAUUUCACAGUCACAAUCUGAAUGGAGCUCACUCUACCUCAACCUCAAUUGCACCCUAAAUGCCUUCAAUUUCCCUCUCUCAAAUCUAGGGUUUCUGUUUUUCAGACAACACCAUACCCACCUUUCCAAGCUUCAAUCUUUUCGGUCAAUCAACGCUAUCUCACGCCAUUGAAUACUCCCAGAAGCAUUUCCACAUCUGCUUUGCUGGGUGGCAACAACACUUCAGUUUCCCCAAUUGACUCAGGUGCUAGAAUUGGAGAGGUGAAAAGGGUCACCAAAGAAACCAAUGUAUCUGUCAAAAUCAACUUGGAUGGAUCUGGGAUUGCUGAUAGUAGUUCUGGAAUUCCCUUCCUUGAUCAUAUGCUUGAUCAACUUGCAUCACAUGGACUGUUCGACGUACAUGUAAAGGCUACAGGUGAUGUACAUAUUGAUGACCAUCAUACAAAUGAAGAUGUUGCUCUUGCUAUUGGAACGGCUUUGCUGCAGGCUCUUGGUGAUAGGAAGGGUAUUAACCGGUUUGGUAACUUCUCUGCUCCACUUGACGAAGCAUUAGUUCACGUUUCUCUGGAUUUGUCUGGCCGACCACAUCUAGGUUAUGAUUUAGACUUACCUUCUCAGAGGGUUGGAACAUAUGACACUCAGUUGGUGGAGCAUUUUUUCCAGUCAUUGGUGAACACAUCUGGUAUGACCCUUCACAUCCGCAAGUUUUCCGGAACGAAUUCCCAUCAUAUUAUUGAGGCAACCUUCAAAGCAUUUGCCAGGGCUCUUCGACAAGCAACAGAGUAUGAUACACGUCGCCGUGGAACAAUACCAAGUUCAAAAGGAGUUCUCUCGCGCAGUUAAUAUCUUCAGCUGCUAUCCAUAGUUGGAUCAAGCUACUUAUGCAAGGGGACCUCUGCAGUUCAUCAAGCAUAUCCAUCCAAAUGGUCAUUACUGUAUUCAUAGCCUCUGUAUCUGUAAACAACAUUGUUGUACUCGUUUAUUCUAGAAGUUUAAGUUACUUUUCUUGUCA